AUGCCGCUCACCUUCGUCACCGAACGUCGAAUCCAAGAGCGUAAGGUUAGCCUUUGGAUUAAAAGCAUUCCCAAAGAGACACCUAACCCGUCCACCCCACUUCUACCUCCACAUCCCUAUGCUACCUUUCCCGCCAUCGACGUUAUCAACUUCGCGCUCUCCAAGAGCUACCAUCCCCACAGUAUCCACAAGAAUCCCAAAGGGACGCUCUCUAAAAACAUCGGUCCCACUGUACACGCUACUAUUCAGCAAUACAAAGUCUUGCAGCAGCUGCACAUCGCUGCCAAGUUCACCGAGGAACAGAUAAAGUGUCGAGAUAGAAUUCUUUGA